ACCAGUCCAAUGGAUACAGUUGAGGCUAUACCCAAUCAUUACGUCAGACGGUCAGGUUCAGACAGGCACAGAGAGAGAGAGAAAGAGAGAGACCCGCUCGUCUCUGAAAUAUUGAACUUUGUUAUUUAAAGUCUGGGCAUGUACAUUCAUGUACGGUACACAUGUGUAUAAAAAGCCGGUGGAUGGUGGGAAAAUGAACAUAAGCCCACUGCUGCAUCCAUGUUCUGCAUCAGACUUGUCUGAUCUCAUGUUGGUUGCUGCUUGCACCUUUCAUUGAGAAAAGAACAUCAAUCUUGUGAAAAUUUCCUUGCUUUUCUGCUGAAGGCACAGGGAAGAGAAUCAAAGAGGCGUUGGUGAUUGUAUUGUUGAAUUGUGUCUGUUAUUGACGGGUGUGAUUCGUCUUCAUAUUUGAUACGCCAUGACUCGUGGUAUGUGGCUCCGACGUUCCUCAAGCAGAAGCAGGAAGAGGAGGAAGAUGGCUGAUGAUCAAGAAGCUAGUACGAGUAGUGCUCCUCCCAAGAAGCGCUCCUCCCCUGCCAAGUCGGACAGCUCACAGCGUAGCCCCAACGUGAAGCGGAAGCGCACCCAAGCCGACCGCUACCAGUCCGAUGUGGUGGAGGCAUUCUCCAAGCCUUCCAAGACCAGGACGCCUGCCUCGGCCAAGAAAGAAGUCUACUUCGGGAAGGGGGCCUAUCUGGCAGUCAGAAGCGAUGCUGGUUUCUUCCUUUGCCAAUCCUUGAAGAUCGUGUACGACGUCAGCCGCAAACUUGCCAUCCAAUGGCUUGAGGAGACCAAGCCAGGCAUCUACAAGAUGUCUUUCCUGGACUUUGUGGACCGAGACAGUGUCCUCACCCAGGUCCAGCUCAGGCCCGCCGGGGAGAAAGGACUCAAGAAGCUGCCAGAGACGGAGAUCUCCAGGAUCGAUAAGAUCAUCAAUAUCUCAGUCAAGAAAGAGAAAGGGCAACUCAGUGAAGCCGAUGGUCGUGCCUCUCUAGAUCAACUCUCAGAGCAAAUUGCUAACUCUAAAGGGAGGAAGGGGAAAGAGCCCGCCACCCCCUCCACCCCUGCAAGACCCAAACAGACUCCUAACCGCAGGAGGAAAGUCCCUACCAAGACCAGAACAGUCGCUUCUAAGAUCCUCAAGAGUGCCAAGGAUAGGUCGUCUGGGAGGAAGAAGGCUGCAGCGAAAGCAAAGAAAAAGGCUAUCCCAAAGGGCAGAGCAGGAAAGAAAAAGGAUGAAAAGGCCGCCAAAGGACGAGGCAAGUUAGACCCCAACCGUAAACUUGUCCCCAACAACAAGAUCGAACUGGUCAGCAAAGAUCCCAUGUUUGAAGUCAAAAAUGAGAACAGCAUGCCCGAAGUGUCCAAGGUAGUCCAGUGUAAGAGAGCGAUCCGGGCUGUCCUCACCAACGACAUGCCUCUCCUCAAACAACUCUUGACGGACACUAAACGAGUGCCUUCAGUCUUUCUUCAGAGAAGCGUUGCCGUGCCAGAGACCGCUCUGGGGUAUGCCAUCAAGAGUAACAGUCAACCAUUCAUCCGAGCAUUCCUGAACGAGCUGAAGAGCAAUCCAGGUCGAUGUGAGAUGCCCGUUCACAGUCUGCGAAAGGAAAACACUGGCAGUUACAACUACAGGAGUCUUGGGCAUGCUAUACGGGCCAUCAACGUAUCACGAGGAGGAAGAGAAGGACAGGAUGCAUUCCUCAAAGACCGUUUUACUCAAAAGGAAGGUGAUGCAAGCAUUGCUCAUAAAUUGACCGAUUCAGAUGUCUCUAUGACGACAAUGGAUCUCAUAUGCAAAGAAAGACAGGGAGUAAAAAAUGUCGUAAGCAAUGACCUUCAGAAACUGGUUAGGAGAGGAAACAGGAAGGUUGCUGGGGAACUCUUCAAGCGGCAGGAGCAGGAAGGCGGACAUGGCUUCAACAGAAUGCAUUCAGAGGUGUUGCUGUGUGAUAAACCAGAAGAGCUCACUCCGUUCAAGGCUGUCUCGGUCAAGAAGAAACCAUACUCAUGCGAUAGGAUCAUGCCAAUCCAUUGUGCUGCCAUCAACCCCAACCCCAAGAUCCUGGAGAAGCUUCUGAACACCGUGCCGGAGCUCAACCUUGCCGAUACCAAAGGAAAGAAGAUCAUCCACUACGCUGCUGCCUGCACGGGGUCGGGACCGCUCGAACUCCUCAUUCAGAGGUCAGCGUUUGCAGACGACACAGAUAACCAAGGGAACACACCGCUCAUGGUAGCCGCUUCUCUCAACAGGACACAGAACAUUGAGGUCCUGGUGAAGAAACUCAAAUCAGAUGAAAAGGGUGGAGUAUUCCGUAGAAAUACAUUUGGUCAGACACCCCUUCACUAUGCUGCAGAGAAUGGACAUAAUGAUGCUGUACGAGCACUACUCAAGCAUGGCGCAAACCUCCAAGCAACUUUAUCAGCCGGCAAGAACAAACUCACUCCAUUCAUGGUAGCAUGUGAACGGGGUCACCUUCAGACGGUCAAGAUCAUGGCUGACCAUGGGGCUAUUCUUGACCAGAGAGAUAAAUUAAAGCGGACGCCCCUGAUGCUGGCUGCUAUUAACGGGCAUGUCCCCGUCGCUGCAUUCCUACUUCGUAAGGGAUGCGAUCCAAACGCCAGCGACUCAUCACGGAAUUCCCCUCUCCAUUAUUCUGCUGCAUAUGGCUGGUGGUUUAUGCUCCGGCUUCUCCUCUCGGCUGGCGCGGACCCGAACGCACUCAACGAUUGGAAGGUACCACCCCUAGCCAUUGCCUUCAUGAAGGGCCACGUGGGGUGCGCCGACCUGCUCCUGGAGGACUCCAACGCCGAUGUGAACUUCCGCGACGCCGACGGCUGGACGAUCGUGAUGCUGACCGUGAGCCAGCUGACCCCUGAGAUGUGGGAGCAGCUCAAGUACCUGGUGGAGGAGAAGAACGCCAGCGUGACCCUCAAGGAUGCCAACGACUGGACCGCGCUUCAUCAUCUGGCAGCUGCUAACUUCCAUCAGGGUACCUUAGCAAAGAGGGACGAGAGGAAGAAGAUCAGUGUCGACAUGGCGACCUUCCUCAUCGCCAAAGGAUGUGAUAUCCAUGCCAAGACGUCGGACGGAGAAACGGCCCUUGACAUUGCUAUCAAGAGGAAUCAAGUCAACGCUGACAUGGUCAAGUUCCUCCUGGGCAAAGGCAGUAAGCUAACCAACUUCACCAAUGAGAAGAAUGAGAAUCUACUUCAUCUGAUGGCCCAACGAUGCCUUGACACCGAUCAGAUCGAACUCUUGAACAUUGUGGCUGACAAUAUGAAGAAUGAAUCUUCUGCCGAUAGCAAACUUGCUAAUGACACCGCCGCCCAGACUCCAUCAGCGGCCCAGCCCAAUGCUUUCAUCAAGCAGCUCGCCCAGGCCAGAGACUCGUCGUGCUAUACUCCGCUGCUGAGAUGGGCUGUUACGUAUGUUACAUACUCCAGUCGCAAGAAUGAAGAGCAAGUUGAAAAAGGCCGAUCAUUUUUAAAGCGUUUGCUUGAACUAUCACAUUCAGAUAUCAAUGCCAAGAUACCGAAGAAGGAAAACACACAGGAUGCUCAUGCUGAAAAGAAUGUGCUCCACCUGCUCUGUGAGAUGACUGAGAAAUCGAAGGCGGGGCUCAGUAGUUUCCCAGCCCUGGACAUCAUCCUUACGUACAAACCCGACCUCAAUGCCAGAGAUAAGGAUGGCCGUACCCCUCUAAUCAAGGCUGUGAAGACAGGCCGAAUUGCACUUGUAGAGACACUUGUGAAGGAAGGGGCAAAUGUAAAUCUGAAAUCCCAAGAGAAAGACAGCGACAAACUGGCUACACCCCUCAAUCUUGCCAUAAGGGAUGGUCAUUUUGGAAUGGUAGAUCUCCUCAUCACUGAUUCGACAGUGAAUGCUCCUAACGAACCAAACAGGCUGACACCAUUCCACUAUGUUGUCAUGUCACAUCGCAAUGUGCUGAGUCAGGUGAUCUGUCAGGUGAUUAGGAAGCUCCUGGCCAAAGGAGCCAGGAUCCAGGCCAGAGACUGGAAAGGGAGGAUACCCUUACACUAUGCAUGCAAGACCUAUAUCAAUGACAGGGAUCCGAGCACGGAUGCCCUGGAGCUCCUCCUAGACAACAAGGCUGACGUCUUCGCCGAGGACAACGAAGGAAGACUGCCACUCCACUACCUCUUCUUUGAUAUGAUUAAUCCCAAUGAGAAAUCUUCAAUCGAUCCUAUUGAGGCUUCAAGUCUGUUGAAAGACGCAAUGAGGAAACAGAAGAUAGGUCACCCAGACAAGCAAGGACAGACCCCCAUCCAUGCUGCAGCGCUAAGAGGGGCUAUUAUCUCACUCAUGGAUCUUGCCGAUUGUGUUAACAGUGUGGAUACGAGAGAUUCUGUUGGAAACACUCCCCUAUCUAUGGCAUGUAUGGGAGAACACAUCAGCGUGGUGAUCUUCCUGCUCCAGCGGGGGGCCGACAUCUCGGCGACCGUCACCCGCCUCGAACGCCUCAAAGACGAAGAGGUGGAGAAAGCCAGGAAGAAGAAAGAAGAAGAGGAGAAGACGAAGGAGCUUUUCUGGGAGUGGAGGCCCCUGCGGGAGAAGACGGGCAGGAAGGCCAUGCCGACCGUUGCGGAGACCCUGUUCAGGAGGGUGGUGAAGAACGGGUGGCAGGGAAUCCUCUUCCUGCUCAUGGACAGACUGGAGAAGUUCAAAGUACCUUACAUCACACCCAUCAAGGCUGCUAUUGAGGAGCACAGAUAUCAGAUGGCUCUGAAUCUAGUCUCCAAGUCCAGAGGUCACAAGGUCGAUGGUGUCGCUGCGAAGCAACAGAACCUUCUACACAUCCUGGCCUUACAGCCUGCUGAUCAGCUUUCUAACAAGGUUGCUGAGAAAUUACUUUCAAAGGGAGUAAGCCUCACUCAUGACCAGUUCAAAUGUACGCCGCUAACUUAUGCCGUCCUUUCGGAAAACAUAGGGCUUGCAAAGUUCUUGUGGGGUCAUAUGAAGCAGCAGGGUGGCAAGCAGGCAUUGACCAGUACUGACGUGAAGGGACGAAGCCUCUUGGCCACAGCUUUCUGGAGGAGGGAAUACUUUGACACAAAUCUAGUCAGCUGGCUGAUGGAGGUUGGAGCCUCCCUCAACGUUGCAUUCCCUGUUCCCCUGUGGGAGACCGAGGGGAGUGGUGCAGAGACCAUCCCGGCCGACAAACUCGAGGAGUGGUUCCACCACCGUGAAGACCACCCCGUGGGCUACCUCACACCCCUCCUUGCUGCUCUCAGGGUCGCCAGCUUCGACCGUGUGAAGUUCCUCCUGACCAAAGGGGCGGACCCUAACUUACCGGCCAAGGACAUGCUAACCCCACUCAUGUGUGCUGUCAGGAAGAAUAAUCUCAAACUUGUGAAGCUUCUUCUGAACUAUGACUAUGACCCAGCAAAAGACAGCAAUGCAGACUCAUCAUCUGCGAAAACUGCCAACACUACUUUUAAUUCGUUGGGUUCUUUUGGAGUUAGAAAGUGGAAAGCUGGAGGUACCGGUCUCUUCAACGGAGAUGAUGCCGAGAUGGACGAGGAUGAGGAGGAGGAGGAUGAUGAAAUCGAUGAAGAGAACGAAGAUGAAGAAAAUGAAGAUGAAGAGAACGAAGAUGAAGAGAACGAAGAUGAAGAUGCAGAGAUGGAUGAGAAUGGCGAUGGAGAGAACGAGGAGGAUGAGGAGGAGAUGGACCACGAUGGAAGCCAAGAGAACGGAGAAGUCUCGGAGGAGGAUGACAAGGAAAAAGACAAAAAGAAACCAGAAGAGAAGGAAAAACCUUUCAUCAAGACGAGCAACGUCGACCUAUCAGCGAGAGACUCUAGAGGGCGCAAUGUCAUCCAUCACCUUAUGUGUACUUGCGACUUUGGCACGUACCAGAAUGAGGCCAUGCUGAAGCUGUUCCACAGUUUAGGGGUUCCCCUGGACACCAAGGAUGGCGAGGGGAAGUCCCCACUGGACUAUGCCUUGGAAGCUGGCUCACACAUCAUGGCUGAGCUGUUACAGAGGCUGCAGGGCAUUAAGAAACCUCAAAUGCAACUACCAACCUUAAAGAAGAGUACAUGGACAGACGGUUAUUCUUGGGCUGGAGAACCCCGUAUCGACUUCAGGGAAGAUUCCAGGGCACUCCUGACCAAAGUAAAAGAGGAGAGUGAAAAGAACCUUGAGGAACUCCCCAAGUAUCCCAAACCCAAAGUGGACAAAGAUGCUCAGCUCAAGGAAGCAGGUGAGGUGCUGAUGGACACAGAACAAGACAUUCCAUAUGAUAUAUUGAUGACCAAGGUUGACAUUCGAUAUGGCCAGUACGGCAUGAACAACUUCUACAAGAUGCAGGUUGUCUUUGCCAAAGGGAAGGACAUGUACAUCCUGCUGACGAGAUGGGGGCGCAUCGGAGACUCGGGUCAAUUCCAACGAACCCCCUUCGGCACGAAAGAGGAGGCCGUCACAGAAUUCUGCAAGAUCUUCAAAGCAAAGAGUGGCAAUUUAUGGUCCCAGAUCAAAGAAUUCUCCAAGCAUCCAGGGAAGUACAACUUGGUGAGAACAGACCCGUAUUUUGAUAGGAGAACAGUGAAGAACGUAGAGUUCAACCUCAAGUCAGACAAACCCUCCAAACUCCACUCAGGGACACAGAAAUUACUUCAGGCACUCACUUCACCAAGUAUGUUGAAACAUGCGAUGAAGCAGUGUGGAGCAUCAGAGAAGUUCCUUCCCUUUGGCCACUUACAAAGAGACGUCUUGGACUUAGCAUCCAAAAAACUACAAGAAAUCCAGGACAACAUCAAGAAGUUGGAGAAGGCUACAACUAUGAAUCAAAGAAUUGAAAUAUACGACAAGAUGGCUGCACUGAGCUCCGAAUUCUACAUGUUGGUGCCCAACGAUUCCUUCACUCAUCAGAGCAUGGAGCCCAUCAAUGAUGCAGACACUGUAGAAACCUUGAUGCAGCAUCUAGCCGAUAUGGCUGACCUGGAGCUGACGGGGAACCUGAUGCUUGGUGCACAGCAUAGGGUGGCAGAUAUGAACCCUGUGGAUUACAUCUAUCGAUGCUUGGACUGUGAGAUCGUCCCACUGGAAGAGGACGAUGUCAUGGCUCAACUUAUUCUUCAACAGAUUCACAAGACAAAGGAUAGACAAAAGGUGAAUGUACAGAGGAUCUACAGAGUGAGGAGGAAAGGAGAAGAAGAUACAUUAGCAUCAUGUAACCUUGACAACCACAAAUUGCUGUGGCAUGGGACUAAGCCUUUCAACAUUCUCAGUAUUCUCAGGCGAGGCCUAAUCAUGACGCCUAUUGGAGUACCCGUCACAGGAAUGCGAUAUGGAUCUGGUAUAUACCAUGCUGACAUGUUUACCAAGAGUUCUGCCUAUGCCGACAGCUAUGGUGCAGACUUCAAAAGCCGUUUCCUCUUCGUCGAUGAGGUUGCACUGGGUAGCAUGCAGACAGAGGAUGCUGAACUGAAGAAAGGCUUCAACAGUCUCAAGAGCGUUGGAAGCGAAGAACCCAACCCUAAUGGAGAUCUUCUUCUCCCCACAGGUGCUGUUCUGCCUCUUGGGAACCCAACACGCGUUGCCAAGUCCUUUGGCUGGGGUCACAAUGAGUUUGUAGUCUACAAGGAGAACCAGGUCUGUCUUCGCUAUCUGGUCCAGGUUGAGGCCUAGUCUAGGCCCGGUAUGGAAUAGUGGAUCGGGGGAGAAUCGAUCCCGUAGCUGAACUAGACCUGUAUUCAAACUUUGUGAAAAAAUAGUGUAAUGCAUCCUUACCAAGGAUAUAUCAAGUUAUUAACUUGAGGCUUUAUUUGCAUCAGAUGUAAAGGAAGUAUAGGGUGGGGGAGGAAACGGGGGAGGGGGGGCAUGUGAAAUAAGUUUAAAACAUCUAAUACAUGUGAUUUAGUGCAUUAAUCAAACAUUUAAAUAAUGAUGAAUAAUUCUGCUACGUUGAUAAGAGCUAAUCGAAAUACAGGGAGAACAAAUAAAUCUUUUUAAUCUGAAAUUUUCGAAAAUUCUCAUGGUAUUCUGUUUACCUUGUAAUUAUCAGGUUGUGAUAUAUUAUUGAAUACAUGUAAUUUAGUGCAUUAAUCAAACAUUUAAAUGAUCAAGAUGAGAGAGAGAUUCUGCUACUUUGGUAAGAGCUCGUGAAAUAAAAGGAAGAAGAAAAAUUGUGUCAAUCUGAAAUUUUCAUUUGUAAAAUUCUGAUACUAUACUGUUAAUUAUCAGGUUGUGAUAUAUCAUCUUACACUUGGGAGUGUGUGAAAGAAUAAAUGGGGGAAAAAAGACAAGAUUUUUAGUACUUAUAGAACAAGACAAGGGUAAAAUUGUUAAAUAGUUGUUAAACUUCUCGAGUGUAUCGUGUUUUUCUGAUCCGGCAUCUCACAGAUUUUGGUGAUAUUCUGCAAGUAGGGAAUGAGUUUGUAGCUGCCAGUAUUAGGUAAACAUGAGAAUGAAAAUAUUUUCUGCUUUCAACUCUUAGAAUUCCUAUAGGGAAAGGACAGUUACUAAACCACUGCUCAAAUAAUGUACAGUGCUCUGUCGUGUCCUUAUUUAUAGCUUGCUAUGUAGUAUAUGGUGCUGUAGUACUUUUUGCGGUAGUCUUUUGCAAUAGAACGUUCUUGCGAUUUCAAUUUAGUUGGCAUAAUAAUGUAAUGGUCAAUUUUUUAAAAUGCUUUUAUGAAUCACAAUUGGAUUUAUUGUGAAUGUAAAUAAGCUCUGCAUGAAUUUUUAGCAAUUUAUAUUUUUUAGCCAGGCAUUGGGUUUUUUUGGUGUAGAUGAUUGAAGUUAUUUGCAAAUGAAAUAUCAACUCUUUGUACAUGUGUAGAGAAAGAAAAAAAAAAGGGAAAAAAAAUACAUUGAAAUCAGAAUGAAGAUUGCAAAUUUUUGGGAGGUCCUCUUUUUACAAGAAAAGGUUGUACAUAGUUAUAUUUUUCUUGGAAACAUUUCUGAGAAGACUGUGUACUCGUUACGUGCUCAACAAUAUUCCACAUCAUUUCAAGUUGUCUUGUGUGGAGAAAAUACAAUUCAUCCCAUUUUGAAAUUAAACACGGUUUCUGUACCACGAAGAUGUCAGUGUCAAGUUACCUAAUACUGUGGAAAGCUAUUUGUAUGGUGUCUUGCAGUGAGCAAAGUAGACUGCAAGCAUUUUAUUGUUGGGAAUCGGUUUUUAUGACACCUGGGACAAGAAUAUAGAUCACUUUUGAAAUGGUUUUAAUUCGUAAGGUAUGACAUAAUCUAAGCCCCUUGAGUCAUACACACAAACUUUAUUCCUCUUCUGAUAAAGCUACUGAAAUCUUCAGACUAUUUUUGUGUAACGCAGAGGAAUCAUGGUUCAUCAAUUCACUUAUUGAAUUUACCAGUGCAUUUUUACUCUUGUGUGAGUGGUAUAAUUAGCUAUGACAAUUCAGCUUCUCACAAUUUUAAAUGAAUUUGAUCCUUUUAAAAAAUCUAUUUGUAUAUACUUAGGUGAAUGUUUUUGUAAUGGAUUUGUUUUUUUUAAAUUAAAUUCAGAUGUCCUGCCAUUUCAUGAAUUUUUAAGAUUGUAAAACAUGAUUUUGAUUUAAAUUUAAUGUAGGUUGCCGAUGGACAUGAUCAUGUGCUGUAAUUCAAAUUUCCAGUGUAUUAUCAAUGAUGAAUUCAAUGCAAGCUGAAGUAACUUCAAUGUGAUAAAACUGUUAUUUGCAUGGUUUACUUUUGAGCAUUGAAGUCACCCAUUAAAUUAAAUGAAUCAUUGAUGUAGUAAACAGUUCAUAGAUGUACAUUGUCUGAUGUAUUUGAUUAAAAACGACCUUGCCUCUUUGUCGCAAAAAAUGAUGAUGUAAAAGAAAAGAAAAUCGCUUUCUGCGGGAGAAAAAAAAGGUAAAGAUAACGGGAUGAUUGAUUACUUUUUUCAGGCUUUAAGCAGACACCUUUCUUUCAAAUAUUAUGCACAUUGCUACACAACUGAAGAAGUUUGUCAUGAAAUCUUAAGAAUGCUACCCAAAUAUUGCAUGUCUCUGAUAUGCGGUUUUGUGAGAUAAAUCAUGGUCAUUUCAGUCAUUUUGCUGUCCAUUCUGCACGUUUUGUCGCUCUAAACCUCAAUUUGACAACUAGGUGAAAAUUGAUAUCCUUACAAUUUCGAGUGAGCUUCGGAAUCCUAAGAUUGAAGAAUUUCUGGCUUUUUAAGUACUAGCACAAGGCCAGAGUUUGUUUUGACUGUUCAACCUACUUUGUCAGAAAGUUAUUGUUUGUGGAUAUGAAUUUCAACUCAUUUUUAUGUUGUUUUUUUUUGUCUGUAAUAACGGCUAAUACUAUGUAUUCUUAGAUGUCUCACAUUGUCUUGUAUAGCCAAUAGUAUGAAGUCGGCAUUUUCACGUUUCCUUCACUGAACCUUUUUUUAUACCGAUUUUGUCUUUGUUGUAAUCUCAAACAAUAUACUAUAUUGCUUGAAUUAAUA